ACCACGUCCCCUCCGAACCACCCUUUCCCUUUCGACACUUUCAGCCCCCCACCCCGCCCUUUUCCAAGCGUGUCCCGGGCCGCCGCCGCAGAAACCGCACCAUCUCUAACCCCACAUUCUCCACGCGGGACGCGCAGCCGUGUCUACAAGUGUUCUUAGAGCAGAGAUGAAUAAUACUGCAGCCAGCCCAAUGUCUGCUGCCACUUGUAGCAGUGGAAGAAGUGCAGGGAAGUCUAUAAGCUUCACAGCAGAAUUGCAGAGUAUGAUGUUUUCUUUAGGUGAUGCUCGGAGGCCUCUUCAUGAAACGGCAGUUUUGGUAGAAGAUGUGGUGCACACUCAGUUAGUUAAUCUGUUACAGCAAGCUGCUGAAGUUUCUCAGCUUCGGGGAGCAAGAGUAAUUUCUGCUGAAGAUCUUCUGUUUUUGAUGCGCAAGGAUAAGAAAAAACUUAGAAGACUGCUAAAAUACAUGUUUUUCCGAGACUACAAAUCAAAGAUUGUCAAAGGCAUUGACGAGGAUGAUCUUCUGGAAGACAAAUUGAGUGGCAGCAAUAAUACAAACAAAAGACAAAAAAUCGCUCAAGACUUUCUCAACUCUAUUGACCAAACAGGAGAACUCUUGGCAAUGUUUGAAGAUGAUGAAAUUGAUGAAGUUAAACAAGAAAGAAUGGAGAGAGCAGAAAGACAAACUCGAGUUAUGGAUUCAGCUCAAUAUGCAGAAUUCUGUGAAAGUCGACACUUAAGUUUCUCCAAAAAAGGGUCCAAAUUUCGAGACUGGUUGGACUGCGGUAGUAUGGAGAUAAAGCCCAAUGUUGUUGCUAUGGAAAUUUUAGCAUAUUUAGCGUAUGAAACGGUGGCACAGUUAGUGGAUCUGGCUCUUCUUGUGAGGCAGGACCUGGUAACCAAGGCAGGAGACCCCUUCAGCCAUGCCAUUUCUGCCACCUUCAUUCAGUACCACAACUCUGCUGAGGGGUCUUGCAUGAAGCCCUAUCCAGACUCUCCUGAGAACACACCCCCUCCCACACCAACAGCUCCGUCUGCAGGCUCACAGCACUCGGGGAAGGCCACAUCGGGAUCCCUAGGGAAUGGGAGUGCUGGACAAGACUCAGCUAAGACCAAACAGAGGAAAAGAAAAAAGAGCACUGCGGCCUGUGGUGUUGAGGCUCACAGCGAUGCCAUCCAGCCCAGCCACAUCAGAGAGGCCGUCCGACGCUAUGGCCACAAGAUUGGCCCCCUUUCCCCAUUCACAAGUGCCUACCGCAGGAAUGGGAUGGCUUUUCUGGCCUGCUGAUGUGACUGUGACUGUGACAACAGGAAAGGCAAUGUUAUAUUAAGGUGAUUUCUGUUCCCCUCCUUGGGCAAAAUAAAAUACAAGUUUACCUUCUCCACAGCCUUGGGAGUGGGCUGGUUUGUUGUGACUAUCAACUGACUGACUCCAGCCCUUCUCCAGCCCCCUCAACACUUAGUCUUGUUUACUGGAUGGGCCAUUUAGCCAAUUAAUGGCAGGAUGUUCAGGGUGGUGUGUAGGUGGACAAGAAUGCAAUUUUGCAAUUUGAAUUUGGAAUAGAGCUGCUCUCAGCUCACAUAACUUAAAAGCAGUGUCUUUUUUUUUUUUUUCUCAGUGUUUAGUCUGUGUUUUAUUUGAUGCAUUUUGUAAUCCAGGUUUGGGACAAAGGAAAUAGAAUUAAAAGGACAGUCACAUUUCCCCUUGCACUGUCCCACCAACUCUACUUUCUGACAUUUGGUGACUAGAUUUUCAUGUAUUUUACAAAUACAUGUCCACCUUAUGAACUCACACUAAUCAAAGACCUGAUAGGCCCGAUGAACUGUCUGUUCCUAUCUUUUCUUCCCUUCACCCCACAUAUUGUACAUGUGUCAUUCUUAUGGUGUCUUCCCAACUUUCCAAGUAUCUGCCUGUGGUGUGUUUUUUCAGUCAUAGGACUCUUCCCGUCUUCAUUUCUCUCCUUCCCCUGUCCCUCGGAUCCCCAGGCCCACCCCUCACACACACCAUACCCAUUUAGAAGCCAAGCAGUUAGAAUCAAUGGAAGGGCAGCUGAGUGAUCGGUUUUCUUGCUCCAGGGUGCUAGCACCUAGACUGAAUGUGGGCUGGGCACCUCCCUGCUCUAGCAGCCGAGCUCCCCUUCUGACAUCUAUACUUUCUCCAACAAAUGAGGAACUGUCACUCUUGGAAACAAACUCGAAUAUAGCAGUAAUAUACAGAUCUUCAUUCAACUUGAAUUGCAAAAAAGGAAGUUAUCUCUUUCAUACUUGAUGAGUUUUGCAUAAUUUUACUUUUACUGUGAUUUCUACACACACUGAGACAGCUUUGUCAAGAAUUAAUAAAAAAAAGAAAUGAGAAGUGUGAAAGAUUUUCCUGCUGUGACCAGAUCACAGCGAGGCUCAGCUAAUGGGAUUGUGCCACAAUAUUCACAUUUGUGGACUAUCAUUUACCUGUUCUGUGUUAGUCCUUCUGGAAAAAAUCUUCAUGUCAAGAACAACAACAACAAAAAAGAUGCAGAUAUAUAAUAUCAAAAAAUUGCCAAAGGGUUUUGAUGUUCCAUCUGUGAUUGGUGAAAUGUAUGAUUAAACUUUUCUUUUUAUCA